AUGAACGGCAGGGAUGGCACGAGCUGGUCGCUGCUGCACCGGCGGUCUGUCGGCGGGCUGGUGUGGAGCGGAGGGAUUCCUUCUGGGAUAAGGAUGCGCCAGGCGUGCGUGCUGAGGAGCCGGAGACCCAGCUGCGUUAAAGGGAUCUGCCACCGAGGUCUGCUAGAGCCGCUGGGGAGGCCAGCCUCCAGACGGACACCCCUUGCUGUGGUACUUGCACAGCAGGCCAGCAGUCCUGGGAAAGAGAAAGGCAAGUCUUCAGGCAUUUCCUCUGGCGUACGCCUAGAGCAGAUUUUCUUAACAUUCAAGAACCGUGAACUCCUGAAAGGAGUGUCUUGGGAGGUCAAGAAGGGAGAGAGGGCAGGCCUUGUAGGGAUGAAUGGAACAGGGAAAACAACACAAUUGAAAAUCAUCUCUGGGGCCAUUGAAGCUGAUUCCGGACAAGUGGUAAAGGCAAAACACAACAUGAAGAUCGUUUAUCUCACACAGGAAUUUGAUGUCCAAUUGUCAAGAACUGUGAGGGAAGAGUUUUCAUCCGUGUAUGAAGAAGGGCUCAAGGUCAUUAGGAGGCAGGAGGCAAUACAGAAGGAAAUUGAGGAUGCGACCGAGGACAUGGAUCGCUUGUCUUCUCUGCUGGAUGAACUCAACGACCUCUCAAAGAAGUCUGUGGAUCUGGAUGUCAACUUGCUGGACAAGAAGAUUGACCGCGUGAUGCAACAGCUCGGGUUCAGGAGGGAAGACAAUGACAGGCUGGUUGCCUCUUACAGCGGGGGGUGGCAAAUGAGGCUCUGCCUGGGAAAGUCACUGCUGCAAGACCCAGAUCUGCUGCUGCUGGAUGAGCCAACAAAUCACCUUGACCUCGAAACUAUCCAAUGGCUUGAAGAUUAUCUGAAGCAGCAGGAAGUCCCAAUGGUGAUCGUUUCACACGAUCGGGAGUUCCUUGACCAGCUGUGCACGAAGAUCAUCGAGACUGAGAGGGGAAAGGCCACAACAUUUGUGGGCAACUACACACAAUACGUUCAGCAGAAGAGGGACUUGUUGAACCAGCAGUGGGCCGCAUGGGACAAGCAGCAAAAAGAGAUUCUGAGGCAGAUGGAGUUAAUCAAACGGUUGUCGGGCGGCUCACAAAGUGGCAGGGCUGAAGCUGCCAAGAAGUAUUUGGCAAAACUGAGAGAGGAAGGAAAUUUUGUGGAGAGGCCAUUCAUACCAAAGAAGAGGGCUUUCACCUUCCCUGAGGUGAAAAAGAUUGGACAGCUGGUUGCCUCUGUUAAAAAUCUGACUCAUGGGUAUGGAGACAAAAUGCUGUUUGAUGGUGUGGACCUCACUAUUGAGAAGGGAGAGAGGGUUGCAAUAAUUGGUCCCAAUGGGUGCGGCAAGAGCACUUUCCUUCGGCUGAUCAUGCAGAUGGAGAAGCCCAUUUCUGGGACUGUGCAGCUAGGGGCCCACAACAUCCAUGCAAACUACUUUGAGCAGAACCAGGCUGAGGCUCUGGACCUCGACAAAACAGUCCUGGGGACUCUUGUGGCUGCGGCCCCAGAUGCCCUUUUGGACGAUGUGAAGGGCCUAUUGGGCCGGAUGAUGUUUGACAACGCCGCGCACAGCAAGAAGGUUGCUGUGCUGAGCGGCGGGGAGAAGGCGAGGCUGGCGCUUGCCAAAUUCAUGCUCACCAAGGGCACGCUGCUCGUCCUGGACGAGCCCACAAACCACCUGGACAUACCAUCCAAGGAAAUGUUGGAAGAGGCCAUCAAUGCCUUCCAGGGCAGCGUCAUCGCUGUGUCGCACGACAGAUACUUCUUAAAGCAGGUGGCGACCAGGGUUCUCAAGGUCGAGGGCUGCGGCCUGAAGGACUACCGCUGGGGCUUCGACUACUUCCUUGAGCAGGACGAGCAGGAGAGGAGUAUGAUGGAGGCAAAAGAGAGGAAAGUGAAGGCCAUCGAACAGAAGGUGAUGAAGAAGGGCCGCAAGGUGCCAAAGGCGGAGAAGAAGCGGCAGAAGAAGGAGAAGGGCAGGAAAUUUAACUCGGCGCAGAGUGCGAAGGGCAAGCAGGGGAAAGCGGCGAAGAACACUAAGAGGUGGAAGUGA